UGCUUGUUUUACCAGCUCUUCGUGGUGACUGUGUAGUUGAACGCAACUAUAGUUAUAAUGCCAGUCGUCAAUGAAUGCUAACUUUUACUCCGCGAAUUUAAAGCGUUCAUGCUAGCCAGGUAACGCUAGCUAACUCCCUUAGCUUUGGCUGUGGGAAAGGACUGAGCAGUGUCGCAAAAACUUUCGAGGCUAGGGACGUCCCUCAACUUGCCAACAGAAGCAGCGGAUGAAAGAAGACGGGGGACAAAGAGAAAGAAAAGGACUAAUAUGUAUCAGACUAUGUAACACCACUGCUGCACAUGGCUUUGUUUAAAAGGCGCAGAAUGGGAAAGGAGGUCUAUCUGCAGAGAAUUUGGAGGUGGGAGAGGUCUCUACAUCCAGACCUGGCCGAGUGCGGCGACACCGCGGUGACAUACACGGGACUUCUUUUUGGAUUGAGUUGAUUUUGUCCCCAUAUUGAAACAAAAACUGAAAGAGGGAUCUCAGAGGAUCCACCAGGGACUCUGCUUGGCUAUUUGAGCUAUUUUACGAGUAAAGGCAAGGCUAGACAUAAUUUUUUUAAGGCUUCUUUUUUUAAGCAACUUUUUAAAAGUAAACUCCAGCUGGACUUUUGUUUAACAUUAAGCAGCUUCUUGGAACAGAUUUAAAAGUGAAUUUGUUGGUUUAGUUGUUUUCCCCUGCUGACUUAGUUUGAAACGCUGGAACCGUCCCUCCUGCAGCCAUCCUCAGUUCCUUCCACCCACCCAGUGCCUAAAUAAGCCCUCUCGGGACAAUCACAGAAGUCAUCAGCAGCUGCUGCGCUCAAUCCCCUGCCUGUUCUCCUCUACGUGCUUCUUCGCUCAGCCUGCCGGCUGUCCACCCACUACCUCUUUUAAUUUUCUGGUCUUUUCCUUUUUUAUAUUCAUUUUCUCCGAGAGCUAUAAUCAGACCUCAAGCACAGUGACGAGCGUUAAUGAAAACACUGAGGUUCAAGAGUGGAGAGAAGCCUAGAUUGUUCCAGUUUUAGUCGUGUGUGCGAGUGUCUGUGCUUUUGUGUUAAUGCACAAGAGUGUUAUGGUUGCACUGGUGACAGGGAGCAGCUUAAGAUUAGAUUUAUUUAUAUUGUUGCACCAAAUACAGUUACAUUAAAGCCAUACAAAAAUAUUUAUGAAUUACGUACACAUAUUUUUGUAUCACAUUGCUCUUGUAUAGUCUUGCUUUUAUAAGCUUGUAUUAAAAUUAUGCACACAAAAGUAAAUAUUUACAACAAGCUGUGCACAUGCAAUUAGAGCUGUAUACUGCUAUAUAUAAAAGGAAUCUCUGUGAGUCCUUAUUGUAGUGCCAGGAGAUUUUUAGAUUUUUUUAGACUGGACGCAGAGAAUCCCUCAUGUUUCCAUUCAGUUGCUGCUUUGCAUAGUGUUGGUUUCUUUUUUCAGUCUGUAUUCAUGGCCUCUCCUCCCAAACAAACACCAUAUUUGCCAUUCUGACCUGUAAAUCGCCCUUUACAGUAGGUAGACAGUAGAUAUCUACCUCUCUUUCUGUCUUCCUCCCCUCUCUCUGUCUCUGAUGCCGGGCUUCAGUGGUGGGGGUGUCGGGGGAGGAGUAGGUGGCCCUGCUUCUGCUCCUCCCCGUCCAUUUAGACCCAGCCGAUAUGUCCCGGUCUCUGCAGCCACCACUUUCCUUGUCGGAUCCACUACCCUCUUCUUCUGCUUCACGUGCCCAUGGUUGUCAGAGUAUUUCUCCUCUGUCAUUCCCAUCUAUAAUGCCGUGAUCUUCCUCUUCACCCUCGCCAACUUCUGCAUGGCCACUUUCAUGGACCCCGGAGUCUUCCCCAGAGCGGAGGAGGAUGAGGAUAAAGAGGAUGAUUUCCGCGCUCCGCUCUAUAAGACAGUGGAGAUCAAAGGCAUCCAGGUGCGCAUGAAGUGGUGCUCAACCUGCCGCUUCUACCGCCCACCACGCUGCUCGCAUUGCUCAGUUUGUGACAACUGUGUGGAGGAUUUUGACCACCAUUGUCCGUGGGUGAACAACUGUAUUGGUCGGAGGAAUUAUCGCUAUUUCUUCCUCUUCCUGCUAUCACUUACCACCCACAUUGUGGACGUAUUUGGCUUCGGCCUGGUUUAUGUCCUGCACCACCGCCAGCAGCUGGACACGCCACAUGCUGCUGUUACUAUGGCUGUGAUGUGUGUGGCUGGUCUGUUUUUUGUCCCAGUCGCUGGCCUGACUGGGUUCCACAUUGUACUGGUGGCCCGGGGUAGGACCACAAAUGAGCAGGUGACGGGGAAGUUUCGUGGAGGUGUUAACCCUUUCACCAAUGGCUGCUUGAGGAAUAUUUCACAUGUGCUCUGCAGCUCUCAGGCCCCCAGAUACAUGGGUCGGUGGCGGAGCCCUCAAGCAGCGGAAGUACAGCCACCGUUUCUUAGGCCGGCUCUUACUGAGGCCCAGUUAGAAGCAAAGAUACUGGACAACGGCAUCCAGAAUGACCGACACAGCACCAGGUCCAAGAGCAGUCUGGACCAGAUGGAGAGCCAGUCAGCAGACGCAGAGCCUCCACCUCCUCCAAAGCCGGAGCUUCGGUACCCUGGCCUGCCCCGUGCUGACACGGAAGAGAGCAGCCUGUUGACAGAAGCUCCACCUACGCCGUCUAUGUACAAGUACCGACCAGCCUACAACAGCCCAGGAAGGAACCACACUGCCCUCACACACCCCAACAAGAUGAUCCGUGGUGAGAGUCUUGACUCUCCGUCUCCCUCCAUCCUCCAGUCCAGCCGUCAGCCUAGCUACCGCUCGGAGCCGAGCAGCCUGGAUGGGGCCACAGUGGUGGGGGGAGGUGUAGGGGCGCGCAGAGGGGGAGGGGAGAGGGGUGAGGGCCCCGGAGGCCCUGGCGGGACUACUGGUGGGGUGUCAGGGGGCAUGUCGGGUUACUCCCUGACUGGACGCUCCUACACCUCCUACCCAUCCUCUCUGGUCCUGUCCACUGGCGGCUCCCGCUCCUCCAGCCUGCGCUCAGCGCACACGGCACAUAAUCCACUGGCCACGCUCCAAUCAGAAGGCACCACAGACACAAGCUACAAAAGCCUGGCUAAUCAGACGCCUCGGAAUGGCAGCCUGUCCUACGACAGCCUGCUGACACCAUCCGAGAGCCCAGAGUUUGAAUCAGCCGCCCACGAGCUGUCGCCGCAGAAGCCUCAUGCUCUGUUUCCCUCGGCGACUAUAACAGGCCAGCCUGAGGUGGUGUCACCCAGUACCCCGCUGCAGGGCUAUACGUCGCCCUUCCUCUCAGCUCAGAUCGCCCAGCAGAGGGAGGGGCAGCUGCUCCAGGGCUCUGCCACUUUCUCCUCCCCCCACAGGGCCUACCUGCGUGCCGUCAGCCCACCCCCUCCCUCUUCCUCUGGGCCUCCUGAGACCCAGCACCUGCUCCAGCAUAACCAGGACUCCUCUUCCCGAACCCCUCGUAACCCUUCCUCCUCAUCCUCUUCCCCGGGGGCUCGCUCACUAGAGCCCCCUAUCUCCCCGCCACCUCGCGGCCUCUCCCUUGGCAAGUCUCAGUCUUACACUGGGGAGGCAGGGCCUCAGCACAAGCCUCGGCCAGCAGGAGGAGGCGCUGUGCUGGGAGGGGGAGGAGCCGGAGGAGGGCAACAGGCUCCACAAUCCACCUCUCGCCCAGUCUUGGCCAAUCACACCACAUCCAAACCAGGGGGCGGGGUGAAGAAGGUGACAGGCGUCGGAGGGACCACUUACGAGAUAUCGGUUUGAGUGACAGACAUCCUUCAUGGUCUAUCACACAGAGGGGAAAAAGUCACUGGACAGCUUCCACUUGUCUCUUAACUGAGCUGGAUAUUAUUCAUGGCCGCAGGCUCCUGAAAAAUGACUGUUUCCGCUGCAACGGACUAAAGGAGCGGGCCUGCCUGGUACUCACUUUGUUAUCUUUGUAACGCCGCUGGCCAUUCUUUUCUGCCAGCCUUUCGAAUUUGAACAAAGAGUAACUGGGGACACUGGUUCAUUUUUCACAGGAUCAAUUUGUCUCCAUUUUGCCACUUUGUGAGCCAUAGACUGAUGAGACUGUAUCAUCACGGCUGGGUACAGAUAUGUGUAUAGAACACGCAUAGCUAACUUGAUUAUGCUGUUUUACUUUGGUACAUUAGCACACAGAGUAUUGGCAACGGUGUCUGACACUUAAGGAGAGGACGGACUUUAUCCAGCAGAUGUAAAAUUCAAGAGGGAGGAUUUAGGACUGUUGACCAAUAGAAACCGUCACUGUCUUCUUUUCCACAGUCUGAACGGACCACACAGCCUGUUUAUCGAUAGGAGUCAAAGGAGAGAAGAGUCCAACCUAUAAACACAGUAUCAUUUUAGUUUUAUAAAUCUUUGUUUUUAAAUAUUGUUUUAUAUAAAUGUAUAAAAUCCUACAGAUUAUUAUUGGGUCAGAUUGUCAGGUUAUUGAAGACGACUAUUGAUGAGGGUGGCAGAUGUACUGUGUAUAAUUAUUCUUUUUUUUUCUUUUCUUUUUUUUUUUUAAUUCAGCGAUUUCAAAUCUGUUGCCUGUUUUAUAAUUGAUGGCUGCAUCAGCCACUCAUGAGCUCUUGCUGGAAUUUUUUUUGUCAUCCAAAGAGAAUGAUGAUCCUUUGGUGGACAGCUGAAGUGGCAAAUAAUUGAGCUUCAUCUUUGAAAGCCACAAAGAAAUUCAGAAUCAUCAUUGCAGCACAAGCAUCUUUGUGGAAUGUACGCUUGUAAUGUUUAUGCUAGAGACAUUUAUGCAAAAUCUGUUUGUAGCUUUAAGGUCAUUGUAUGUCCUUUCUGGUGGUGUGUUUUUUUUUUUUUUUUUGUUUUGUUUUUUUUUCUUCUCUUCUUUUCUGUAAUGUUUUGUCUGUCAGUCAAUCAAGUUGCUAGUAGAACCUUAUACCUUUAACGGAUGGCCAGCCAAAUAGGUGCAGUGAGGGAAGGGCUUAUUUAUUUCACCAGAGAAAACAACCUUGUAGUUCUGGACAUAAUUUCAAACCAGUCUCUAUUAGUUGUUUUUUGUUGUUUUGUUUUGUUUUUAAGAGGAGGAAGAUUUUUUUUUUUUUUUUUUUUUUUAAAGAAAAAAGUUUAUAGUUGAAAAAGAUCAUUUUGUUUAUAAGGAGGUAGGGACUGGUUUGCAAUAAGAGACUGUUGAUUUAAAUUUUUUUUGCCUUGAGACCAUUCAUAGUGAAACAAACGCGUUUUUAUUCUUUUCUAUUGGUUUUUAUUUUUUACACUUUUUUCUGAUAAAUCAUGUAAGGCAGAUUAGAUUUUUGAUUUACACACUCAUUAAAAAAAAAAAAAACUUCUGUAAAGGUACAGUUAAUUUGUUUUACCCACAGCCAUGUUAGGACAGGAUAAUUAGA